AUGAGCAGUGCCGUCACGAAACCCCUCGCCAUCUUCCGCAAACCGGAGAACCCCAAGCCUCUUCACACUCGCUGGGGUGAUGUUGCCAUCUCUGUUCCUACCGAUGGCUCAUGGAACCAAUACGAUAAUCCUCAUCGGCGAGCCAAGGGGCGCCAACUAUACGGACCAGGCUUUAUCCCAGAUAUCUCCCCAUCUGAUCAAACCCGAAACCCGUUGAAAGAUGAGGAUACAGAGGAUCAAAAGGAAGAAGUCUCCUCUGAGAGACCUCCUGUCUCUAGACGAAGCUCACUAUCUCUGGGAGCAUUGCGACCUGGUCGACUUUCCGUGCGCUUGGCAUCUCGCCCGAAGCAACUAGAGGGAGAAAGCGCGGCCGAAAGAGAGAGCCGAGAUGAUCAAAAGCGACGAGACUUUGCCUACAAGCCAAUCCGCAAAGAUUAUACUGCCGAGGUCACCGAUCAACCGGGACAUAUCGGUACUCGCUUCCGGUACAUCCCCACGAACGGCACAUACCUCGAGGACAUCCCAUCGCCACGAAGUCAAUCAGCACAAUCUUUUCACAGUCCUCGCGAACGACGGGACUCUUUCUCAGAUCCAUUCGAUGCAGCGGACCGUGGUCGCAAAUCCACUAUAAGCAAAGAGCCUUCUGAGCAAUGGCCCCCAUAUGUGGAGGAUGAUUGCCGCAGCUUGCGGUCUAGUAUUGGAGGUAGCUCUGACGGCUCUGGCUCCCGGCUCAGUUUUGGCCUGCCUCCCAGAAGACGGACCUCGCCAUUUGUGGCAGCCGAUCGAAAAAGGUCUUCCUCAUUGAAGCCAAUGACUAUGGCUAUGGUUCCUGACCCUGAGGAUCUUUACGAAUGA